CACGUUCCUACAAAUCUUUUUCCAACUCCGCAGUAAUACACAACCCUCUGCUGUCUAUUACUGCAGAAAGGGUUGUUUACAGUCUGAACGCCAUUACAACUUUCAGUGGAAGAAGGAAAAAACGACGCCGGUUAGUUAGGAAGUGCGGCAACAGAGAGGAUUUACUGGGAAAACAUUAGCCAUUAGCUUAGCAUAGCGCUGCUAAUCUAAACAUGAGACAGCAGGCUGCCUGACUGUAACCAGACUAGAUUUACAGUUGUAGCUGCUGCAGGCAUGAACAUCGAAAACCUCACCCUCUGCGAGAAGAUUGUAUCACCCUCUUACAUCAGACAGGGCUCUCAGGCUCGCCGUGGUCACGAGCAGCUCAUCAGACUUUUGCUGGACCAGGGUAAAUGUCCGGAGGAAGGAUGGAGCGAGAGCACCGUAGAGCUUUUCCUGAAUGAGCUGGCCGUGAUGGACAGCAACAACUUCCUGGGCAACUGUGGCGUCGGAGAACGGGAGGGGCGAGUGGCGUCCAGGCUGGUGGCGAAUAGACAUUACAGGUUGAUCCAUGGCAUAGGUCGGUCAGGUGACAUCGCUGCUGUUCAGCCCAAGGCAGCAGGAUCCAGUCUGCUUAACAAGCUCACAAACUCUGUAGUCCUGGACAUCCUGAAGAUUUCAGGUGUUCGCAGUGUGGCCAGCUGCUUUGUUGUUCCCAUGGCAACAGGAAUGAGCCUGACUCUGUGCUUUCUGACCCUCCGUCACCGCAGACCCAAGGCCCGCUUCAUCAUCUGGCCUCGCAUCGACCAGAAGUCUUGUUUCAAAUCCAUGAUCACUGCAGGAUUUGAGCCCGUGGUUGUGGAGAACGUCUUGGAGGGUGAUGAGCUUCGGACGGACUUGGAGGCGGUACAACGCAAGAUUGAAGAGCUUGGAGCAGAAAAUGUCCUGUGCCUUCAUUCCACAACGUCUUGCUUCGCUCCGCGGGUUCCCGACAGACUUGAAGAACUGGCCACUAUGUGUGCUAAAUAUGACAUCCCUCACAUAGUCAACAAUGCGUACGGCGUGCAGUCAUCCAAAUGCAUGCAUCUUAUACAGCAGGGGGCUCGUGUGGGAAGAAUUGAUGCCUUUGUUCAGAGCUUGGACAAGAACUUCAUGGUUCCAGUAGGUGGAGCCAUCAUCGCUGGUUUCGAUGAGUCAUUUGUUCAGGAGAUAAGCAAGAUGUACCCAGGAAGAGCAUCAGCUUCACCCUCCCUCGACAUCCUCAUUACCCUUCUCACUCUGGGAGCCAAAGGCUACAAGAAGUACCUGUCCGAGAGAAAGGAGAUUUAUUCCUUCCUGGCUGAGGAGCUGAGGAGUCUUGCGUCUGCACAUGGGGAGAGAUUGCUUCACACCCCACAUAAUCCCAUAUCUCUGGCCAUGUCCCUUGAUGGACUCCAGGCGUCAUGCAGCCAGGCGGUGACUCAGCUGGGCUCAAUGCUGUUUACCCGACAGGUGUCGGGCGCAAGGGUGAUACCACUGUGUAAGGAGCAGACCGUAAGCGGAUACACCUUCCGUGGAUUCAUGUCGCACUCGGAGUCAUACCCCUGUCCCUACCUCAACGCUGCCUCAGCUGUGGGCAUCACUCGAGACGACGUGACGCUAUGCAUGAAGAGGCUCGACAAAUGUCUGAAAGCCCUGAAGAAAGAUGGGAAGACGGCAAUAACUAGCUCCUCAGUACCUCCGGCCGAUCAGGACGUUCCUGAUGAAGAAUGACUUGAGUGGCCAAAGUUUGCGCCUCUGCUCCCUACUUUACUACACUGGUUAAUUCUUGAAUGUCUAUUAAAAUCAGAUUAGUCAUUUA